CUCCGGCCUCCGCCCGCGCCCGCCGGAGCCUGUUCGCGUCGACUGACCAGAGUCCGCGAAUUCGCCGCUCCGAGCCGGACCGGACUGCCCCGAUCCCAGGGUCCGAAUUGACUGAGAGCACCUAACAACAACACUUGCUUAGCGGAACCUUUGAUGUAGCACCUUCCACAUUCCAACCACCCAGUCGGACUGCCAGUGUUCUAAACCUGCUUUGUUUAUUGGGCGACCAUCGGAAGAUUGCUUCUCUGUCUCUGCUCCCUUUUGCAAUAGGACAAUAAUUUUGCUUUGUAUCCUCUGAAAACACUAAGACAAUGUCCCUGCAUCAGUUUUUACUAGAGCCAAUCACCUGCCACGCCUGGAACAGGGACCGUACCCAGAUUGCCCUUAGCCCCAAUAAUCAUGAAGUCCACAUCUAUAAGAAGAAUGGGAGCCAGUGGGUGAAAGCUCAUGAACUCAAGGAACACAAUGGACACAUCACAGGUAUCGACUGGGCACCCAAGAGCGACCGCAUCGUCACCUGCGGGGCAGACCGCAACGCCUACGUCUGGAGUCAGAAGGACGGUGUCUGGAAGCCCACGCUGGUGAUCCUCAGAAUUAAUCGGGCAGCCACUUUUGUGAAGUGGUCGCCGCUAGAGAACAAAUUUGCCGUGGGAAGUGGAGCACGGCUCAUCUCUGUCUGUUACUUCGAGUCCGAAAAUGACUGGUGGGUGAGCAAGCACAUUAAGAAGCCAAUCCGCUCCACGGUCCUCAGCUUGGACUGGCAUCCCAACAACGUGUUGCUGGCAGCAGGCUCGUGCGACUUCAAGUGCAGGGUGUUUUCUGCCUACAUUAAAGAAGUGGAUGAAAAGCCAGCCAGUACGCCAUGGGGCAGCAAGAUGCCUUUUGGUCAGCUGAUGUCAGAGUUUGGUGGCAGUGGCACUGGUGGCUGGGUCCACGGGGUCAGCUUCUCUGCCAGCGGGAGCCGCCUGGCCUGGGUCAGCCACGACAGCACCGUGUCCGUUGCUGAUGCCUCCAAAAGCGUGCAAGUUGCAACUCUGAAGACAGAGUUCCUGCCGCUCCUGAGUGUAUCCUUUGUCUCGGAGAACAGCGUCGUGGCUGCUGGCCAUGACUGCUGCCCAAUGCUCUUUAACUACGACGACCGUGGCUGCUUGACCUUCGUCUCCAAACUUGACAUCCCGAAACAGAGCAUUCAGCGCAACAUGUCAGCUAUGGAGCGCUUCCGCAACAUGGACAAGAGGGCUACCACCGAGGACCGCAACACGGCCUUGGAGACGCUGCACCAGAACAGCAUCACUCAAGUGUCUAUCUAUGAGGUGGACAAACAGGAUUGUCGUAAAUUCUGCACUACUGGCAUCGAUGGAGCCAUGACAAUUUGGGAUUUCAAGCCUUCAAGUGUUUGGAUGAGGCCCGCCCACAUUUUGGACCGUCAUCUGCUUUACUUGAGGCCAACUGAUUUAAUCAUAUGUAACUACUUCAUAACAACAUCUAGACUAGCGUUUGACCAAACCAUUGGGUACCACAGCCCAGCCAGACUUUAGAGUCUUCUAUCCAGGGCCUUCGGAUAAUGUGAAGCUGAGCAAACGUCCAAGAUUGAUCUAGCAUGACAAACAGCGACUGACUGCCUCCCUGCCCGCAAGAAACACUGAAAACAUGUAUCGUGCAAAUACUGUGUGUGUGUUUUUGUUUGAAUAUAAUUGGUGAAAGUGUUGGGUUGUUUUUUUAAAGCAGCAGUGAAUUUUUUUUUUUUUUUUUUUUUAGGCUGCUCCAUUCUUGACCAAAGCUUCUCUUUAAGUAGUUUAUGUUGGAAAAUUGUCACACUGACUUAAAGGAAGGGGGGAGGUAUGUAAGUUGUCUGUUAGAAAAUGAAAUAAAAAUACUGAAUGUG